AUGUGCGACGAUACCUACAGCUUCGUCCAGUCCCGCUACGGCGACAUUGCCAAGCAGAGUAACAACGCCCAGCAACACGAUAAAGAAGAGGAAAUUGCUAGGGCGUUUGGCUACAGUGCGGAAGAUCUCAGUUCGCUGCCAGAGAAGUCUAAUCUUGGUUUGAGUUGUGGAAACCCGGUGGGAUUUGCCAAUGUGAAAGAGGGGGAGACAGUUCUAGACCUAGGCAGCGGCAGCGGUAUUGACGUCCUCCUGGCGGCUCGUAGAGUCGGGCCCAAUGGACAGGCCAUCGGCGUUGAUAUGACAAAAAGUAUGGUCGAACUCGCCGAGAAAAAUACCCGAGAGGCAAAGCUCUCCAAUGCAAAAUUUAUCGAAGCAAAUAUCAACUCCAUACCGCUGCCAGACUCUAGCGUCGACUGCAUCAUUAGUAACUGUGUCAUCAAUCUUGUCCCGCCUACCGACAAAGCGGCCGUUUUUAAAGAGAUCGCUCGCCUACUGAAGCCCGGCGGAAGGAUCGCGGUCAGCGAUAUUCUAGCUAGAAAGCCACUGCCAGAUUAUAUUACUAAAAACAUGGCGCUGUAUGUAGGGUGUGUUGCUGGUGCUAGUCAGGUUGGGAUGUAUGAGGAGUAUCUUAGGCAGGCUGGAUUCGAAGGCACGUACACCGCUAUAAAGAGAGCCUUGAAUACUAAUUUGGUGCUAGGUGUGUUCAUUAUUGAUGCGAGGUCAGACCUUAACCUCUAUAAAGGGUCUUUGUAUUUGCCUCAGAACUCGUGCUGUGGCGGCAGGUUUGGGCAUAAGGAGGCUGCGAGUGAUGUUGCGGAGUUGGAUUUUAAUGAGUGGGUCGGUUCUUUUCAGAUCUAUGCUAUCAAGGCAUAG